ACGCUCGUGGCCGAGGCCUCCCUGCCCUCGGCGUGCGCGUGACGCGUACCGUCGGCCUCGUGCCCGGCCCAUCGUGUCUGGCACGAGGUGUGUCCGAGGCAGCAGCCGCCAUGCCAUGAGAUGGACCGGCCCCACGGCCAGACGCAGAGCCAGAGCCGUCAGGCCGCGCCCUACCGUCUGCAGGUGUCUCGGCCUCUGCUGCACGCCUACACCAUCUCGGACAUCGCGGACGGCAAUGAGCCGGUGGUCGGGUACGCGCUGCCCGUGACCAAGGGCGCCAAGCCGCAGCCCAGCUUGCUUGGCCUCGGCCAAACCAUGGCCGCGUCGGCCGCCACCCGCACCCCCACCUCCAGCCCCAACCCCAACGCCCCCAACAACAACAAGAACAAGUUCGGCGCCGCCGAGCGCGCCGAGCCCGAGGAGGACAUCGCGGCCAUCGCCAAGCAGAUCUCGGACCACGCGGAAGCCAUUUACCAGACUUGGAAGUCGCGCGGCCUCGCGCCGGCCGAGAUCCUCAACAUGCCGCAGAGCGUGCAGAGCUCGCAAGCCAUGGAGCAGCUCGUCAACAAGUUCGUCGUGGAGGACAAGGCCCGGCAGGCGGCCCAGCGGCUCAGCCCCGGGCUCGGCCAGCCCGCGUCGCCCACGCCGCGCGCCGUCGAGAAGCUGGUCAACAGCUUCGUGGCGGAGGACAAGGCGGCACGCCUGCGGCAGACCUCUCCCGGCCUGGACCUCGGCCUCGACGACAACAACAAGGUGGCGUCGUCGCGGCGGUCGCCCGUGCCGUCGCCCGCCAUCGAGCAGCUCGUCAACAACUUCGUGUCGGAAGACAAGGCGCGCCUCGCGGCGCAGCAGCAGCAGCAGCACCAGCAGCGCGGAGGGAAGAGCCUGCCCAGCUCCAUCCAGUUCGCGCUGCAGAAGUUCGAGAACAAGCAGACCUCCUCGCCGACGGCCGCGACCACCCCGCUGGACGGGCGGACGUCGCCGACCCCCAAGCCGAGCGCCACGAGCCCCGGCCUGGCGCCCGCCCAGCCCACCCGCAUCAGCCCCAACAAGACCGUGUCGCAGCAGCCGCCGCUGCACCACCAGGAGAUCUUCCUGGAGACGAUUGAGACCUCCUUCCCCGAGGACCUGAAGCCGCAGCGGGGCUCGCCCGUGGACGCGGUGGACGGUUCGCCGGCGUGGCCGCUCAAGCACAAGCAGCGGCCGUCCGUGGCGCGCGCCUCCGAGUACCUGGACGAGGUGGCGCGCGAGGAGGAGCGCCUCAUCAACGCCCUCAAGACGGGCAUCAUCCUGGCCGAGGACAGCAAGCAGAACAAGAAGGCCGCCUCCCCCACCGCCUCGCCCGUCAAGAAGAAGGACAAGCCGGCGGUGGACUUGGCCAGCAAGCCGACCAUGAACGGCGUCCGGCACCCGUCGCCCUCCGCCGCCAACAAGGUCCCCCACCCCGCGGCGCGGCCGCGACAGACGUCGACGCCCUCGGGGUACAACCAGGCCAACGGACACUCCCCCAACCCAGUGCGGCCCUUCCUGACGCGCGGCUCGGUGGCCGAGCGCGUCCUCAUCUUCGAGAAGUGCCCCAGCGACCUGCUGCUGGACAGCAAGCGGAGGCCCGCCCCGGCCUGGCGGGCACCCCAGGGCGACGUGCAGGCUCGAGCGCAGACGUACUCGCGGGACAAGGACGGCGCCCGGCCGGGACCGCUGCCAGGCACACUGCAGCGGCAAGCCCGGGCCUCCAGGAACCACCUCAUACCAAGGUUUUACUACCCGCAGGGGAAGCCGAUCCUCGCCCAGCACCUGGACCUCGUGCUCAAGAAGGUGGCGGCCGUGUUCGACAACUUCCCCAACCAGCAAGUGCCGCGCCACCAGUUCGGCGUCGUCACCAAGGCCUGCGACUGCCCGCUCUACUGGAAGGUGCCGCUGUUCAUGGCGUGCGGCGGCGACAAGGCGGGCUACGUCGACGUCAACAGCUUCCUGGACUACUGGAGAAAUCUGUGCUCCAGCUGCCACAACCCCGCCUCGCGCUUCCUGAGCAUCCUGACGAGAGGCCAGCGCGACUACCUGCUGCCCGAGGACUUCAUCCCCCUGGUCCAGGACGUCGUGGAGACGCACCCCGGACUCACCUUCCUCAAGGAGGCCACCGAGUUCCACUCGAGAUACGUGCACACGGUGAUCGCGCGAAUCUACUACUGCGUGAACCGGUCGUGGAGCGGUCGCAUCUCGCUGGCUGAGCUGCGUCGCAGCAACCUGCUGGCGGUGAUGAAGCUGCUGGAGGAGGAGGACGACAUCAACGCCAUCACGCAGUACUUCAGCUACGAGCACUUCUACGUCAUCUACUGCAAGUUCUGGGAGCUGGACCGGGACCACGACCUGUUCAUCGACCGCCACGACCUCGCUCGCCACAGCGACCACGCGUUGUCUUCCCGCCUGAUCGAGCGCAUCUUCUCCGGCGCGGUGACGCGCGGCGGGCGCCACAAGCUGCGCGAGGACCGCAUGAGCUACACCGAGUUCGUGUGGUUCCUGCUCUCCGAGGAGGACAAGACCCACCCUACGGCCGUGGAGUACUGGUUCCGCUGCAUGGACCUGGACGGCGACGGCUUCCUCUCCAUGUACGAGCUGGAGUACUUCUACGAGGAGCAGCUGCAGCGGAUGGACGCCAUCGGCAUCGAGACCCUCCCCUUCGAGGACUGCCUGUGCCAGAUGCUGGACAUGAUCAGGCCGGACAUCCAGGGCAAGGUCUCGCUGAGCGACCUCAAGCGGUGCAAGAUGACGUCCAUCUUCUUCGACACCUUCUUCAACCUCGAGAAGUACCUGGACCACGAGCAGCGCGACCCGUUCGCGAGCCAGCGGGACCACGACAACGAGGGGCGAGAGCUCUCGGACUGGGACCGCUACGCGGCCGAGGAGUACGAGCUGCUGGUGGCAGAGGAAGGCGGCCAGGAUGCUCAAGAGGACCUCAUUCUGAACGCGGCCCGGGAGGACCUCCUGUCGCCCAACUUGGACAAGCUGUCCUGGCCGUCGAGACCCAGCUUCAAGGUGACUGACUUCGACCUGGACCUGGCCGAUGACAUGGCCAACCACCUCGGAAGCCACCUGGGGGACGACGACGAGUCCCUGGAGGACAGCGAUGACUAUGCAGGUGACAGUGACGACGACGACGACGACGACGACGGUUCUAUCUAGUGCACUGAACGCUCGUGUGAGAAAUUCAGAGACACAAAACAGCGGGACAUGCUCAGUGUUUUCUGGGCGGAAAACUGGCACACUUUGUUUGUGGUUUGGUUUCUCGAUUCUGAACUUGAAGUGCUUUCUUUUGGAACCGUUUAACAAGUUCGUCAUCCCUUAGACAUGUGUUUGUGAAUCUUCGUAUGCGAGUCUGUGUGUGUGCUUGAGAGUGAUUACUGUGAUUCUAAAAGGUGUCUACAUGGUGCCCGAUGUAAACAAUAUGUCGUGUAAGGGUUUUCUUUUUUGUUAACAUUCAUUUUGAUUUCGUGCUUAUUUGCAUGAUGAUUGGUGCAUCCUAGAUACAAGAGUGACUUUGUUAGGAAUGAUAUUAGUGCGAUUUAAAAUGACAUCGAUAUUUUAACUCACCAUUAUUGUGUAAUGUUUGUGCCUAUUACUGCGUGUGCAUAAUUGUAACGAAACAGUUUUGAUUUCCAUGAGAUCUGUGUUAUUGUAAAGUGUAUUGUGUAGUAGUGUAUAACUGUCAGUAUUUUUACAACGCCUGCUAAAAUAACGGCCUUUCAUACACCGAAUAUCCACAAGAAGCAUUGGUUGUCCUCUGAUAGACUGAAAGAUUUUCGAACAAAAGAGGGACAGACUUCAUUUAGAGUUUUGGGAAUUAGGUUAAACGGAAUACGGUGUAUAACGGAGGACAGCAUUGUCGAUAUUUUGUAUCGAAUAAGGCCUCCCCCUCCGCCUCCCCCACGCUAUUGUAGCGUUUGUACUUUUUUCAUUUCCCUCCAAUUGAUGCUUGGGGCGCUUUUAUACUCGCGUGAAUUUAGCCAUUGGGCUUCUUAGGUUUGACUCAAACUUCUGCAAAUACCAAAGAUUUGGGAAUAUGCAAAAUCGAUAUAUACGUAUUAAGAGAAUGAGUAGAGAAUUUUAAUUUUAAUUUUUGUAAGGACUAAGCUUAAGCGAGUGUCUCUGACCACGUGUUCAUCAGAGGGAAAGUACCCUUUUUUUCUAUUUAUCUAACACACUUCCAGGUAUUAUUGGGUACACAUUGCAAUGCAAAUCGCUUUUCUCUUAUUGUGCUUUUCAAUUCUUUGAUGUCUGUACUUGCACUGUGUUCACUGCCUGCAACGAACUCCAUGUGCCAUGAGGUGUCAUGGUCCAGAGUGGCUGGUGGCCUUAUUAUUACCUUACCAACUUUUGUCUUUUGUUGUUGUUUUUGGAAAUUGCUAUUAAAAAGUGCCAUAGAAGUAGUCUCAGAGUACCUACAAUGGCUGGAAAUGCGUUGAACUUUUCUAGUAUUGAAUUCUGCUCCAGUCAACACUAUUAGAUUUUUCCCGAAAAUUCGCAUUGAAAAAUUGUUAAAAAAGUCUCAAAUGAAUUUGUUUUUCUCAUUUGUUUGGUACUUUUGUAAUGAUGUGUUUCAAUGCUUUGUUUCGGUCACAUGUAUUAAAUAAAAGUCUUUAUUGGUUGGCUGCUGGAGCAGCCCAUUUAUGUAUUUUGUUGCUGAAGUUUUCAGUACAUAUCGUGUGUAUAUAAUACUAAUGAUCUAGUCGAAAUGAUAUGGGGUCUGUGACCUUUGCAGACGUUACAACCCCUGUUCUUCCUGUUGUAUAUGUUGCUCUGCCACUGUAAUGUAUGUAUAGAUUUAUGUUAGAGUGUUAUGUUUGUAUGUUAAUUUUUAAAUAAUUUUUAUGUAUUUUUAGAUGUUAUGUCCAUUUAAAAUGCCCAUUAGCGUAAAUCCCAUCACAUUGUUGUAAUAAAAAGAAUGUUUUAAUAGGAGACUAAAAUUUUAAGUACUGUAAUCAGAACAUUAACUGCUAAUAUUGUCAGAAGAAUAACGAUGUAUCGUGUGCCAGUCACACAUGGUACCUAGACUACUUUGUUUCAGACAAGUGUGUUUGAUUUUUUUCAAUAAAAUGUUUUUUAAGGAUU